CCGUCGCUGCCCAUUAACCAUUUGUUCUGUGGCUCUCACUAUCACUCUCAGUCUCUCACUCUCACUCACCUUCGCGAUUCUUCUCAGCGAAGCCAAGCAUGGCGGCGGCCACGAGAGCCAUAGCCGUAGCGAGCAACACCACGGCCUCGUGCUUGCUCUUCAAGAGGCCGUUGCUCUUGAAACGCAGCAGCCUCUGCUUCAAGAACCCGAGCGGGGCUAAGAGGCUGUUCUCUUGCCGUGCCAUUUACAACCCCGAGGCUCUUCAGAUCAAGCAGGAGGGUCAGCCUGAAACCCUAGACUACAGGGUCUUCCUUGUUGAUAAUUCCAGCAAGAAGGUUUCCCCUUGGCAUGAUAUUCCGCUGCACUUGGGUGAUGGUGUUUUUAACUGUAUUGUUGAAAUUCCUAAAGAAUCAAGUGCGAAGAUGGAGGUUGCUACUGAUGAGCCAUAUACUCCCAUAAAGCAGGAUACGAAAAAGGGGAAGCUUCGAUACUAUCCUUACAAUAUAAAUUGGAAUUAUGGAUUGCUUCCACAAACAUGGGAAGACCCAUCCUUUGCCAACUCUGAAGUUGAAGGGGCAUUUGGGGAUAAUGAUCCAGUUGAUGUUAUCGAGAUUGGUGAAAGUCAAAGAAAGAUAGGUCAAAUUCUUAGAGUUAAGCCCUUGGCUGCUUUGGCCAUGAUUGAUGAAGGAGAACUGGACUGGAAGAUAGUUGCAAUUUCAUUGGAUGAUCCAAGAGCUUCUCUUGUUAAUGACGUCGAUGAUGUCGAAAAGCAUUUCCCGGGCACUCUCACUGCAAUUAGGGAUUGGUUCAGAGACUACAAGAUCCCUGAUGGAAAACCUGCUAACAAGUUUGGCCUUGGAAACAAGGCAGCAAACAAGGAUUAUGCUCUUAAAGUCAUCACUGAGACCAAUGAGGCUUGGGCUAAACUUGUCAAGAGAUCGAUUCCUGCUGGAGAGCUUUCCCUUGUCUAAAUGCAUGGCCAGAGUGCAACUCAGUGUUCUACAACUUGCACUGUUAGUGACCCGUUAGAGAUUUUCCUUUCUGCGAGCGGUCCUUGGUAAUAUAUUAUGUUAAAGCCAAUUCCAUUUUUCCCAUUAUUGAGCAGAAACGAUGCAUCUCUCAUUUGUAGUGCUUUUAUGUUCUGAUUUGUACUCGAUGAGAUAAAAAUAAACGAUUGCUUUUGAAAUGAAAGAUGAGAUUCACACCUGCUGGAUUCAAUAACA